UUGUCUUUGCCACUGAGUGUAGUAGAUCAUUGGGUUGGUAGAAGCACCGUACAUGUAGUGCUUGUCUUUGCCACUGAGUGUAGUAGAUCAUUGGGUUGGUAGAAGCACCGUACAUGUAGUGCUUGUCUUUGCCACUGAGUGUAGUAGAUCAUUGGGUUGGUAGAAGCACCGUACAUGUAGUGCUUGUCUUUGCCACUGAGGCUGCUGUUUUUCUUCCUUCCCUCUCUGCCGCCAACUACCAGAUUCAACUUGGACGUCUCUCCCAACGCGAGGUCAUUUGUUUUAGUCGGCACACGCUAAAAUAUCCCGGCUAAACCCAUUGAUUAUCGGAUUAAUUAUUAAAGAUAAAAACAAUGGAUAAUCCACAAAUGUAAUAGUUCAUCGACUAUAUUUGCAUUUGAUACUUCAUUUUAAAGAAAAUGGCUGAAAUCAACUUAGCCCUCACCAAAGAAGGCUGGUACCUUACAGACGAAGGAAUAGAGGAGUUGAAACGCACUUCUGAGAAACCCACAGCUAAUUACAUUAUUCGCAUUGCACUUAAUAGUGACCUGAGGCCUAUUGGCAGGAAGUUUCUCCCUGCAGACAUCAACAGUGGCCGGGUGGAGAAGUUGGAGGGUCCGUGUGUGCUGCAGGUUCAGAAGGUGAGGAACGCAUCGGCUCCCAAGGACAAUGAGGAGUCUCAGGGAGCCCCCAGGAUGCUGCGGCUGCAGAUGACAGACGGACACACCAACGCUGUGGGCCUUGAGUUCAAACACCUGUCUCAGAUCAGCCUGGACACCCCUCCAGGAACCAAGGUGAAGGUCCUUGGUACGGUCCAGGUGAAGAAUGGCAUUCUGCUUCUGGACGACUCCAAGAUAUCCGUCCUCGGAGGGGAGGUCGACCACAUGAUGGAGAAAUGGGAACUGCAAAGGAGCUUGGCCAAACACAGCAGGAGUAACAUCGGAAGGGAAGGUGGAGCCCCUCCCUUUGUGCCUUUCGGACAGAAGUGUGUGAGGAAUGAAGAGGUGGACUCUAGAGAGCUGGACACCAGGAAAACCCUGGUCAGCACCAGUGUGGUGAAAACAGCUGACGAGAACGAAGAGUUUGAGAAGCAGAGGCUAGCGGCCAUCGCUGAGGUUGCCAAGAACAAAGAGGGAACUCGGACGUUUGGCGGCGGAGGCAAUGCUGGGGGAAACCUGGUUAAUACAGGCAGCCGGGACAGCUACCGACGAGGAGAUCGAGGAGACAGGGACUCGUACCGGCAGAGACGAGAGGAGAGGAUGGAGAGGUUGGAGGAGUCCAGCCGACCAGAAGGAAACUACAGAGAGCUCGGGAGUUACCGGGAACAACCAAACUACCGGGAACUAGGAAAUUACCGCGAGCUGGUGGAUGAGCGGGCCCUAAGGGACAUUAUGGAGAUGGGGUUUGAUAAGGAGGAUGCUCGUCAGGCCCUGAUGGACAACAACAACAACAUGGAGGUGGCUCUCAACAGUCUACUGACGGGGACCUUCAAACCCCCCCACCCCCCGAGGAACCGAGCAGACCCCCCACCCAGAGCAGACAGAGGAAGGGGUCGUGGCCGGGGUCGGGGGAGGUUCAGUAGGUUUGGGGGUGAGGAUGAGGAGGAGGGAGCAGGAGGAAGACCAUCAGGACCCAGCACUCUGUUUGACUUCCUGGAAUCCAAGAUGGGGAGCUUCUCCAUACAAGAGCCAAAGAGCCAGUCCUCUCAGAGGCAUCAUGAUGGUAAGAUGACGUUCCCCCCUAACCACCAGUCCCAGGACAGGUACCCCCAACGCAGCGACAGCCGCAACGACAGGUCAGACAGUAGGAAUGACUGGUCCAGGAACGACAGAUCACGGAAGGAGAGGAACGAUAGAUCAGACUUCAGGAACGAUAGGAACGACAGACCACCUCGCUUCCAGAGGGAUAGUGACAAGGAUUUCCCUAAACCUGGCCACGACCCUUCCAUCACCACAUCCACCCCUUCCCCAGCUCCAGUCUCAGCUCCAGCAGGGGGCCAGCAGGGCCAGGAGAGAGCCCAGGACAGAGGCCAGGAAAGGGGCCAGACACAGGAGAAGGCCCCUCCUGGAGGUGGAGGAGGGACAGAGAGGUGGAGAGAGGCCCAGAAUGAGAGACAAGCAGCCAGGGAGGCCAGAGGACAGGCAUCAGUGUUCUGCCCAGCUACGUACCCCGCCCCUGGCCAGCGGAACAGAGAACCCAGAGACGGAACCCAGGGGGAUCCUUUUGGUUCUGGAACCUUCCAGCAGGGAAUCAGAGUAGGUUCUAGUUUUGGUUCCGGAGGGUUCCAGAACCAAAGUCGGAGAGAGCAGCACUCGGUACCUGAUCUGUCGUUUAAUAAGAGAGGAGGAGGGAUGAAGCAGAACAACGGGUCUGCACCAGCUGCCUCUAAACCAGGCCAGCACCAGACAGAGUCCAGUUCUAACUGUGUAUCAGAACCUAAAGGGGUCCAGAGAUCUGACAGCAGAGCAGACAACAGAGCUGAGCCCAACAGCAGAAGGAGAGGAGGGGGGAAGUCCCACAGGGAAAGGCCCAACUCUGACAACUUUGAUCGUUACCGGGACAACGGACCGUCAAACUCUUCUGCGUUGUGGGCGGGGCAAGAGGAGGACUGUAGCGCCGGGACGCAGGACUGGGGCGUGUCCCGUGGGGAGUCUCGUCCAGUGAAAGGCCAAGUGGGCGGCGGCCCAGGCUCGGGUCCACAUCUCCAAAACGGUGACUCGUCAACGGAACACCGGACAGGGCCAAUCAAACAACAGAACUACUCCUCUGGUCCCGCCCCCAGGGAGAGGGAGGAGCCACACAACAGGAACAGCACUAACCCCGCCCAUAACAACUCCAACACCGCCCCUAAGAAGAGGUCAGGGCAGGUCAAAGGGCAGAGGUCAGACCAGGGACAGGUUGGGUCCAUGGAGCCUCAAGGCCUGGGGAACUUGAAACCAGGAGACCAGGUUCUAGCGCUCUACUGGGAAGACAACAAGUUCUACAGAUCCAGGAUAGAUGCUGUGUAUAAUGACACCUCUGUGUGUAGUUCUACAGGUCCAGGAUAGAUGCUGUGUAUAAUAACACCUCUGUGUGUAGUUCUACAGGUCCAGGAUAGAUGCUGUGUAUAAUGACACCUCUGUGUGUAGUUCUACAGGUCCAGGAUAGAUGCUGUGUAUAAUAACACCUCUGUGUGUAGUUCUACAGAUCCAGGAUAGAUGCUGUGUAUAAUAACACCUCUGUGUGUAGUUCUACAGAUCCAGGAUAGAUGCUGUGUAUAAUAACACCUCUGUGUGUAGUUCUACAGAUCCAGGAUAGAUGCUGUGUAUAAUGACACCUCUGUGUGUAGUUCUACAGAUCCAGGAUAGAUGCUGUGUAUAAUGACACCUCUGUUUGUAGUUCUACAGAUCCAGGAUAGAUGCUGUGUUUAAUGACACCUCUGUGUGUAGUUCUACAGAUCCAGGAUAGAUGCUGUGUAUAAUGACACCUCUGUGUGUAGUUCUACAGAUCCAGGAUAGAUGCUGUGUAUAAUGACACCUCUGUGUGUAGUUCUACAGAUCCAGGAUAGAUGCUGUGUAUAAUGACACCUCUGUGUGUAGUUCUACAGAUCCAGGAUAGAUGCUGUGUAUAAUGACACCUCUGUGUGUAGUUCUACAGAUCCAGGAUAGAUGCUGUGUAUAAUAACACCUCUGUGUGUAGUUCUACAGAUCCAGGAUAGAUGCUGUGUAUAAUGACACCUCUGUGUGUAGUUCUACAGAUCCAGGAUAGAUGCUGUGUAUAAUGACACCUCUGUGUGUAGUUCUACAGAUCCAGGAUAGAUGCUGUGUAUAAUAACACCUCUGUGUGUAGUUCUACAGGUCCAGGAUAGAUGCUGUGUAUAAUGACACCUCUGUGUGUAGUUCUACAGGUCC